AUGGAGAUGAUCGGAGAUCAAGCAUUUGUAAAUCCGCGAGACACUCGUCUAGCAUAUGCCGAUAUUAUCGGUGAUGAAAGUCUCAGUGGCAAAUUAAUUGGUGCUGGUCCGAUCUUAGAGCGAAUUGAUAUCUUUGGGGCUGCUGUAGCAGAGAAUGUAGCUUGUAAGGGAAUCGCCACCAUUUCGGUCGAUCGAGUGGACAUUACGAAUCGCAUUGCACAUGGCGACUUAGUAAGACUAGAAGGUGAGGUCAUCUACACAGGUAGCUCUUCAAUGGCUGUCCAAAUUACAGGGUAUCGCCACGAUAUCGAAGCUGGCAAGUUUAUUCAAACGCUGAGCGCUAUCAUGACAUGUGUGGCGCUGGAUGAAAAUUUGCGUCCGAGUCCAGGGCUUCCAAAGCUAUUGGAUCCCCUUGAUCUCGAAUAUGUCAAGAAACACGAGAAAAUUGCAGCACAACGAAAAGAACUCGCUGCUCAGUGGCGUGCAGUUCAGGAACAAGUAGAUCAAUUGCCUCAUGUGUCUGUCGAUAUGAUCAAGACGCACAAUUACGGACGAUCAUUAGAAGUGCCCAUUUCAGAUACGCUGAUUGAGGUCCAAAAUUCGUUUUUACCAAAACAUUUGAAUCGCAACAAUACUAUUUUUGGUGGCGAGGUGUUGACAUGGAUGGACAAGGUAGCUCUUUAUUGCGCGCGUAAUUUUACCAAGAAUCAGAAUAUGGUUACGGUCUCUAUGAACCGAAUCUUUUUCAGGUUACCAAUCACAAUGGACGAUAUUGUGACGAUGCAUGCACGUGUGAGCAGCUCUCGGCGUCACCACUUAGAGGUUGAAGUCGAGGUCUUUAUCGAACGUAUUGGAGCCAAAAAGCGCCGCAAGUCUCACACUGGCUAUUUUACGGUUGUGAAUCUUGAUCGCUCAUAUCGCACUAAGCAAAUUUUGACCGGACUCAAGGUUGAUGAAAAUGAUCAGGAGAGCAUGCGCACUUUACUUAAGGCCCAACAUCGCUGGAUGUUUGACAAUCAGGAGCGUAAGUUGCUGACCCUUAAGCCGCUAUCGCUGUCCACGCCAAACUUUUCGGCCAAAUUGUAA